AGCAACAAUGAGGAUUCUCCCUGACCGGAUUCCUUUGGCCCUACUCAAGGACAAGGAAAUACUUGGCACUGGAGUCAGUAUCAAAGAAGAGCUCAAUGAAGGUGUCACCGAAGAGAUAUUGCAAAUUAAGGAAGAACUGUUUGAUCAUGCAGAUGAAGGGAGGGAUGAAGUGGAAGUGAAACAUGAAUUUCUUUCCUUUCAGGAUCUUCAAGACCUCAGACACAAAACAAAGGAAAAAGACUCGUGUGAUAUUGAGGAUUGCAAUACCUUGUCGAGAGCAUCAAUUGUGGCUGAGGAAAAUAAGAAAAAAUGCUCAUCAGAGGAGGAUCAGACAAAGCAAAAAGAAAGUUGUACAGAGGUUACACACAGAAAAGUGGCUAGGAAACUGAAGCGUUUUUUAUGUGAAGUGUGUGGCAAGACAUUUCGUAAUAACACAGAUCUAAAGAUUCAUUUGAGAGUACAUACAAAGGAGAAGCCUUACAGUUGUGAUAUUUGUAACAAAGAUUUCUCAACUAAAAAGGGAAUAGUGAGGCACAUUAGAGUACAUACAAAAGAGAAGCCUUACAGCUGUGAAUUCUGCAACAAAGCUUUCUCAAGGAAGAGUGACCAAAUCAGACACAAAAGAGUACAUACAAAGGAGAAGCCAUACUGCUGUGCUAUUUGCAAUCAAAACUUCACAGAGAAAAAUAGUUUAGUAAAGCACAUGAGAAUACAUACAAAUGAGAAACCAUACAGCUGUGAGAUUUGUAAUAAAGACUUUACAGAUAAAUAUGACUUAGUGAGACACAUGAGAGUACAUACAAAGGAGAAGCCAUACAUCUGUCAGAUUUGCAAUAUGGCCUUCACACGGAACAGUUCCCGAGUGAGACACAUGAGAAUACAUACAAAGGAAAAGCAUCGUUGAAAUCUGCAGCAGUGCUUUCUCACAGAAAAUCAAUUUAGUAAAGCACAUGAGAGUACAUACAAAGAAGAAACAAUACAGUCACAGAUGUGGAGGUCAUUGGACAAUUUAUACACGAGUGUUGCAGUUUUUAUCGUGAAUAUGUUAUUACAAUUACAGCAAGAGAAUUCAUGUGAAAUACUAUAUAAAAUCUAUAUUAAAAGGUGAAUGAAAGUGGAUUCAAGAAAAGAAUUUUGAUGCAUGCAUAAACACAAACAUUUGCUUCUAUGUAUCUAUCUACUGGGACUGGGGUCCAAUAUAGGGGAUUACCCCUACCUAGGGACUCAGCCUUUGCAUCAACCAAUUUUGCAUGAUCUUUUCUUUGCCUUUUUUCCUCUCCCUAAUCUUCCCCAACUCCAUCCCCUGUCCAGUUCGUAAGGUGUGAGAGCUGUGUAGAAAGAGUGAAAGGCUGACUUUCAGGAUUCCCUUGGUUAAUUGGCUAUUCCUUACUCUUCGUGUGGACCCUGAGGUGUAAAUUUCAUACCUUUAUUUGAAGUUUUGAGGCUUCCCCUUCCCCUUCAUCAAAUAAUCUCCCAAAAUCUAACUCCUCUUUCAUACUAACUCCUGACUAUCCUGUGAUCAUGGCUCUGACCGCUUUUACUACACUCUCCUUGUCGACAUCUACCCAGGCAACUCAACCUCCAAAAGACACCUCUUUCUCAACCCCAACAUCCUUGACCCCAUCUGCACAAUCAUCUAUAUUUCCUACAUCCCCCUCCAUUAUUACUACUCUUCAUCUUGAUUGCCCUCUCCAUCACAGCACUGCAUCACUCCACACCACUCCUUCCUCCCAUCCUUGCCCUUGUAUAAGUCACACCUCCACAAUCCUACCUACCACAUCCACACCUACAACUAUAUUCUCUGCUCAAAUACCUACCUAUUCUUCACCUCCUCAGACAACCAUCUCUACCUAUAUCACCCGUUGAUUGCUCCACAAUGGCUCUUCUACAGUCGAAUAUUCAAGGUUUUUUUUCUCACAGACCUUAUAUCUGUCAUCUCAUAUGUUCCAACAACCCACCCACCAUCUGUCUCCAAGAAACCUUCCUACCACAACCUCCAGUACCAAUCCCAAAUUAUCACUUUGUAUCAUUCCCUCAUUCUCUCUGUCUCCUCUCUACUCAUCCAUCAAGAAAUACCAUACACUAUACUUCCUGUUCCAACUGCUGUCCCUUGCACUAUCUUCCUUCGCUUUUGGAUCACAAGUGUUUCAAUUUACUCUUCCCCUUCUAGCACUUCCCCGGAUUCUUCUCCUCCAAUGGCCACCAUUGUUUUCCUUGAGCAAUGUCCCUAUUCAUUCCCCAGUUAUAGAUACAAUGCAAUUCACUCAAUUGCCCCCUUAACCUUCCCCUUUUUACUAAUCUGCUUUACUUCAUUUGCUCCCCUCUUUUCCCUUUUCACUACCUUUCUAUGUUACGAUGCUUCUAAUCUUUGACAUCUCCCCCACCCCUUGAUUCUUUUCUAUAUAACCUCUGAUAUCUAGCACAUUUGUUUCAACCAUGACUUCAAAUUUUAUGGAAGUGUUUACAGUAAUUUUGGCGGUGUUUUGGUGAUUGCCUAUGAAGGUAUAUUAUGAUUUAUUUGGACUUAUCUUGUUCAUUAAUUCAUCAUAGUUGUUUACAGGAUCACUAUUAAGAAACUGAGUAUUGACGGAUCGAACCAGAAGAUAAUUUUAGGCCAUGGUUAAUGGAUCAUUUAAGAAUAUUGUAAACAAGAUAGGCCCUAAUAUAAAUCCAUGUGGAAUACAGGAGGACACUAUCUCAUAAGUUGAUAUAUUUUGGCAAACUUGACUGAUUAGGUUCUGUUUGAUAACCUCUGAACCAAUAUGUAUCAAUAUUGUGCUAUAUUAGUUAACUAAUAAGGACUUUAUGGCUGGCAAUAUGAAAAGCCUUGAAUUUAAAUAUGCAUUCCCAGUAGAUAUGAUUAACCCAAUCCCCCAAGAUUUAUGUACUGUCCCAUGUAGCUUUCUGGGAUUUUUUUGUUAAAGAUGUUCCAAUGCUCUCAGCCACCAAGGAGUGAUCAUGCCCGACUUAGCUAUUCCUUGAAAUAUUGGGAAAAUGUGUUUUCCCUUCUAAAAAGAUUCAUAAUUAUACUAUAAUUAUUCUUAUGGAUAUUUUGAUGAUUAAAUUGUUUUUAAAAUUAUCAAUAUCAUUAAAGACCAUAAAGAAAUACAAAAGAAGCAUUCCAAAAAAUCAAGGAAAAGGGUAAACAGGAGAGGUAAGUGGGAUUAAUAACUCAUUACUGUGAUGUGUCAGCUAGUUUGUGUGUUACUACGGGCUUUUGAAAAUGGGCUUUUUCCUAUUUGUUCCCAUCUAUUCCACCAUAUUUGGUCAUUUUGUGUGUUUAUGUAAUAUAAUGGAAAAACACCUGUUAAAAGUG